CAGCACGGACACCAUGACAUACGACCGCCCUGCACCAACCAUUGAUGGAUCGGCUCUGUUAUCCACAUUUGAUGUCUUGACUAAGUCAGGGUUUGUUCUCUACGAUGAAAGCCAGAAGAAGCCGCUAACAUUGACACAAUUGACAUCUAGUUCCAUUUUGUUCUCACCAAAGCUCUUAUCAAGAAGCCGACCUUAUCAACACCAGAACAGUCAUCUGCAUCCGGAAACGGCUUAUCGAAUAGUAAACAGCUCCUCCCUGGUAGCGAUAUCGAUACAAACGGCUUCGAGAUGGGCGAUAGUGAGAGUAGCACUCACUUUCUUAUCGCCAACAAAUUUUGCUUCUCACGACCUCACCUCAUGAUGCUCACUCGCGAUGGGUAUUGCAGGCAAUAUGAGCCUCUGAAUCAGAGCGACUUUGAAGCUGCAUGGGGCACGAUGGCGUCCUUGAAGAAUGCAACAACAGACUAUGUUGCAUUCUUCAACUGCGGCAAAGAUGGCGGGUGUAGCAGACUGCACAAGCAUGUACAGUUGAUGCCUCUUCCCGCCAGUGGUUUUGCGGUCGACUUUCUGAAUUCAAACAGUACCGAGGAACCAAAAGUACCUUUCGAAUGGUUUUAUCACAGAUUUCAAGACAGUGCCGCCGCAGCUUCGAAAGGGACCGAGAUUUAUCUACAGCUUCUACAGCAGGCGACGGAAGCUUGGAAGGCUAGUACGGGAAAGAAUGUGCCAGAUGGAAUGGCGUGCCCGCACAAUGUGACUUUCACGUCCCGCUGGAUGGUGGUUAUCCCUCGUCGUAGAGCGGCUGUCAACAAAGAGGCCGGCGUGAAUUCUUUGGGUAUGUUGGGGGUGAUCGCCGUGGCUACCGGGAAAGAGAUUGAGAACUGGGUAAAGCUUGGUCUGACGAAUUCGCUCAGAGAACUUGGAGUUCCGAGAAAAGUCGGUACGAUGCAAGGAAAGUGAUCGCUGCUCACUAUUUAGAUGUGCAAGGCCAGAAUAUAUUUAGAACACGGGUUUAGAAAUGGGUAUAGUGGUAAAGCUAAGAGUAAACGAAGCUAUUCCCAAUGGGUGUAACCCAGUUUGUCCAAUCACCGAAAUGAGAAAUCAGGCAGAAUCUGGCAAAUCGUCAAGUCACAUGAUAAGCUGAACAAAUGCGACAAUUUCAUUAUCGGAG